UGGGCGGAGCUCUCCGGGUGCAAUGUGUCAUGGCUGCCUGGUCCAGCUCCGGGGACCCCAGCUCCCGGCCCCCCUGGAGGAGACACAUCGGCCGGCAGCUAAGAGCCCGGGAUCACCGCGAGAAAAGCGCCUUCCAGGAGCUCAUCCAGCAAUAUAACAAACUUUUGGAGAAAUCCAGUUUACUCAAGGAAUUGACAGAAACCCUUCCGACUGAUCCACUGGUAUUCCCUGCAGGCCAGGUUCACAGAUUGAGGGCAAGCACCUCGGGUUCUAAUCUUUUAGAAGAUGCAGCCACACAACAAAGAGAAGUGGAAGACAUUAAAACUUUCAAUGGCAAGCUGGCCUGCGAUGCUUGCAGUCUUAAGCACCAAGUGGAAGAGCAGGACAAGAAACUUUCAGAGCAAAACUCUAGAGUGAAAGCUCUUUGGGAACGCACGGCAUUGUGUUGCGCUGAGCGAGACACUCUGGAAGAGAACGUUAAUGUGAAAGUAGAAGCCAAUGCCGAACUCAAGCAAGAAUACGACCUCUUGCUGUGUCGCAGGCAGGUUGUGGAGGAAACUCUGCAAAAAGAGGAGUUAGAAGCCCAGACGGUGCUGGAGCAGCUGAACAUGCUGAAAGCUGUGAGGGCGGAAAACCAGAACAAGAUUAAUGAGAGGAGAGAGCACCAUUCCUGGAUGACACAUCGCAAGAAUGCAUUGAGGAAAACAGUGAGUGAUAGUGGGUAUGACCCAACAUCCCAGAUUUUGGUGUCUGUGUGCUGGUCAAACGCAAUCCCGAUCAUCGAUUUCCAUCUUAAUGCCAGUUCUCUUGAACACAGCAGUGUCACUCUAUCCGGCUCGUUGGAAAGUGUCAAGAAACAGAGGGAUCGGUCUCUGUCAGUGCCCCACGGUCCGGCUAAAGUCAUCGAAGUCUUUAAAAAGUUAUUUGACUUCUCUCCAAAGAAGGAGCAGGAGAGCUUGUACACUGAGCAGACGUUUUACCUCCCUUCUUCUAUCUGUGUGGUCUGCGGUCUGCCAGAUAAAGUCGUUUCCAGCAAGGAGAUCCAUGAUUCAGAGAUCCAUGCUGUCAAAUUUAGUCCUAACUCCAGGGUGGUGGCCACCGGUGGGACUGACAGAGUCGUUAAGUUAUGGGAAGUCACUGGUGGUAUCUUACAGGAAUACCAGACUCUAGAGGGAAGUCGUGGUGGAAUCACAAGCAUUGAGUUCGAUCCUUCUGGUCUCUAUGUACUUGCGGCGUCAUUUGAUGGGGCAGCUCACCUGUGGAAACUGGAUGGAAAAGCACGGGAAUCUCUCACCGGGCACAGUAAUAAGGUGACGGCGGCACGGUUUAAGAUGGGUUCUAACCGAGCUGUAACCGGCAGUAAAGACAGGACCGUGAAGGAAUGGGAUCUGCAGAAAGCAGCGUGUGUUCGGAGUAUCUCUGUGACCUCGUACUGCACUGAUGUUGUUUGCUGUGACUCCUGCAUUAUCAGUGGUCACUGUGACAAGAAAAUCCGUUUCUGGGAUAGCAGAUCUGAAAGCUGUAUCAAAGAAGUGACAUUGGAAGACAAAAUCACCUCCCUCUUCCUGAACCAAGACCAAACCCAACUGCUCAGCUGCUCCCGGGACGAUACACUAAGCUUGAUUGAUUUGCGUUUGGGUAACAUCCUGCAAGAGUUCAGAGCUGAAGGGUUUAAAUGUGGCUGUGACUGGACAAAGGCGAUAUUGAGCCCCGAUGGAAGUUACGCCCUUGCCGGCUCUGUAGAUGGGACGAUCUUCGUGUGGAAUGUUCUCAAAGGGUGUCUGGAGCGGAGCAUGAGUGGCCAGCACAGCUCGUCCGUGAAUGCCGUCACCUGGUCCUUGUCAGGAAGUUACGUGGUCAGCGUGGACCGGGGGAGGAAAGCUGUACUGUGGAGUGAAUUCUAAUGGUUUACAGCGUUUUCAUCCACUUACCUGUGGGAUAAGACCCACCUUGACUUGACGUUUGGCAGUGCCACACACAUACCACUUCCUGUUUCCUCAAGCAAAGUUAAAAAGGGAAAAUGUUCAAUC